AAAACACGGAAGCAUCGAAAUCCAUAUUUCUAAAUGAAAAACUGCUUUUAACUUCAGUUUUAUAACACAAACAUGUUUACUUCAUGUCGCAGCUGCUCGCUUCCUUAAACAGAGAGGCAACGAGAAGCGGUUUUUUUUAUUUUCUCGAGCCCCUCCGACAGUUACUGUGAAACUUUUGUUUGUUUUGUUUUUGUUGUGUUUUUGCAUCUUUAAGGUACCAAAGUGUCUUCUUGGCGGUAUGUAGAAGUGCUGCUUUGGGAACCAGAAUGGAGGUGGCUGUUAAAAGAAAGGCUAAGAGGAGACACCUGAAUGCACAGGAGUGUGAGGAGCUUGGACAGAGUGCUGCAGGGACAGACGCCCUCACACAACCUCACGCCAACAGCGCCCGAAGCAAUCAUGACCCCAACCGAGGGCUGUAUCCCAGGACGCCCUCGAAGACACGCAGAUUUGCACCAGCAGCUUUCAGGAGUCCUUCCGGGCGUCAGAAGAGCAUCAACAACUUCUUCUCAGUGUCAAAAGUCAUCAGUACGAGUCCACACAAGCCGUCCCUGCCUUCUACGUCUAUGUAUCGCAACGGAGGUCCAAAUGCUGUCGAGGAGGAGGAUGAAGACGACGACGACAUCAGCCUGUUAGCUGUCCCACUUCCACCAAACCCCGAAGACGACGACAAUGAGAUCGAUGACAACCUUUUAGCUGCAGUUGUGAUUCCAGAGUCUGACAUGAUGGACGAGGAUGAGAUUGAUGACGCCAGCCUGUUAGGAGUCCCGAUGGGGCUGGAGUCCGAAGCCACAAAGGAGCCGGAGGUGGAUUAUCUGGAGGGAGUGACGGCAGAGAUGUUUGACGAUGACUCUGAAUUUGAGAGAUGUGACGAAGAGGAGGUGGAGCCCCUCCCCGAUGAACACUAUGGACUCCUGGGCACCAACAAAGCCUUACUCCAGCCUCAGGGCUGCAUUGACGACCUUCCAGAGGAAGUGCUCAGGCAGAUACUGUGCCUCGUCCCGGCGCGGGACCUCUACCGCUGUGUCAGCCUGGUGUGUCAUCGCUGGAGGGACAUUGUCCAGGACACUAAGUUCAUGCCUUUCAAGAAGCGAUACUACCGCUACGUGAUGAGAGAAAAGGAAAUGGUGGGCGAGAUGGCGAAGACCCUGAAGGACAGUGGCAUCACCGAUCGGACGCGAUCAGACCUCAGCAUGCGAAGCCUCGUGGUUCUCAUGGCCCAGCAUCCAGUGGCAGAGCGGGUGAGGCCGGACGACGUUCUGGAGCGAGUCAAGAGGCACCGGCUCUACCCGCAGGCCGAGGCCUCCGUCACCCUACGGAUUCCCGAUAUCAAGAAGCACCUGCACCUCAACUGCCAGGGACCCAACCCGUACGCGGCCAUGGCCGUCAUCCUGAUCCUGAGCGAGAGCGUGGCGGACGUGGAGGCGCUGGUGUCGCUGCUCGCCGGCUGCUUGUCCUUCUCGGCAGUCACAGAGUACCUGAACCACAUGGCCAUGAUGCUGCUGGCCCUGCAGAGGAACCGCGUCCAGAUCAGCAACAGGCUGCAUUACAACAUCUACUACGUCCUGCACCUGCUGGAGAACGGACCCUUCACUGACACCUCCGGGGAGGGCAGGGGGCGCCGGAUUCACGUCACGCAGGAGCAGCAGGAGAUCCUCAGACACGACAUCCAGCGCGACCACGUGGUCAAGAUCAUCGCGUUUGCAGGGACGGGGAAGACCACCACGCUGGUGAAGUACGCCGAGCAGCGGCCGCACCUCCGCUUCCUGUACGUGGCUUUCAACAACUCGGUGGCCACCGAGGCGCGCCGCCGCUUCCCCCGCAACGUGGAGUGCAGGACGGUCCACUCGCUGGCCUACAACGACAUCGGAAAGAGGUAUAGAAACAGCAACAAGCUCGUCCCCAACGUGAAGCCGUUCAACAUCAGCUUCGCCCUGCCCAAAGGCCGCGGGGGCUUCGCCAGGUCCAAAGUGAUCUCGGAGACGCUCAACAACUUCAUGGCGUCGGCGGACCGGACCAUCGGCCCGCACCACGUUCCCUCCCCUCACCUCGACAACGGCAGGGUCUCCACAGAAGCCGUGGCGCUGGAACAAAUGCUGAAUCCCGAGCUGUUUGUGGACGACGCGCUGAUGAUCUGGGACAAAAUGACGGACCUCCACGAGAAAACACAGGUCGCCUAUUUCAUGACUCACGAUGGUUACCUGAAGCUGUGGCAGCUGCAAACCCCGAAGCCCCGUCUCUCCGACCAGUACGACGCCUUGUUCAUAGACGAGGCGCAGGACUGCGCUCCGGUCAUCAUGGAUGUGCUGCUCUCGCAGCGCUGCGGGAAGAUCCUGGUUGGAGAUCCUCACCAGCAGAUCUACACCUUCAGAGGAGCCGUCAACGCCCUGAACGUCACCGAGCACACACACAUCUACUAUCUCACACAGAGCUUUCGGUUCGGUGCUGAGAUCGCCUACGUUGGAGCCACCAUCCUCAGCGUCUGCAAGAAAGUCGACAAGAUCCUUGUUGGUGGAAAGCAGAGAGAUGGAGUGUGUGACGAGACGGCGAAUAAGGCUCUGGAGUGCAUGAAUACAGGGGUGAGUACGAGCCCGGGGCAGACGGCCAUCUUGUCCCGGUGCAACCUGGGAGUGUUCAGCAGGGCCGUCUCUCUGAUCGACGCCAACCCAAACUGCCGGAUCCACUUCAUAGGAGAUGUCAAAAAUAUCGGCCUGGAUAAAAUCUUGGACCUUUGGCACCUCCUGCAGCACAGCGGCAAAAAGGAAGUCCAGCGACCACGAUAUUUCAGGGAUCCCUUCAUCCGCUCAUUCGCAAAGAACAUCGGAUGCGCCUUCUACAGUCUGAAGAAGUACGCCGAGCAGACCGAGGACAACGAGCUGGGCGGGAAGCUCGCCAUCGUGGAGACGUACGGCGGGCGCAUCCCCGAGCUGGUGGAGCGCCUCAACAGCUGCUACGAACGGGACAUCAGCAGAGCAGACUUCAUCGUGGGGACGGUCCACAAGGCCAAGGGUCUGGAGUUUCACACCGUGAUCGUGAACGACGACUUCGCCAAGGUUCCCUGUUCCGGCCACGAGCUGUGCCACCACCCCGACUUCUCUUUCUGUAAAAUUCCCGACGACGAGUGGAACCUGCUGUACGUGGCGGUGACUCGUUCCAAGACGUCUCUGGUCAUGACGAAGAACAUCCAACGCAUCCUGACGAUAGCCGGGGAAUACUUGCUGAAGUCUGAGAUGCCCCCCGCCCCGCUGGCGGAUGGAACCACUCCCCCGUGCUCCGUUGGAAGCUGUCCCAACUGCCUCACGCCCGGCUCGGCGUUCAUCAUGAGCAAACCAGCCAUGAAUUAUAGCGACUGCAAGUCGCAGGGCGGGCCGCUGUGCGAGAGGUGUGUGUGGACCCGCGUGGGGCCCGUGGCCUUCCUCAUGACCGACGACGUGCUCUCCAUGGCGCAGAUCCCCCAGGCAGCCCCGGGGUUCCACAGAGUGGCGGACGACUUCAUCAUGGCCUUCUUCUAACUGCGGGACCGAAAAUCUGCUGGACAGAACAGGGAGAUCAUUUCCUGAAGGACUUAGUUUCAGCUUCAGUUUUUAUUAAACAAAAGAGAAAGAGUAAAAUCUCCUGAUUUGUUUUGUUAUGUCUAUUUUUAUGUGGGAGUCUGAGAAUCCGGGAUGUUGGAGCUGGUUUUCCUAUCUGUAAUGACACUUCAAGGCAACAUUUACUGAUGACAAACAGCUGCGAGUGGUUCAGGCAAAGUUCCUCCCCAAAAACAAUAAAAACAUACGAAGUCAUCUGAUGUGAGUUGUUCGGUUGGUGGAUAAAAGCUUUCCGCCUCUACUCUGCUUCCCAUUCAGCAGUUGUGAUUGGAUUUGAUUAAUUCAGAGGAUUUCUUUGAAGUACUUCAUACCAAAGUUCCUGCUGCAGUUGUCUCACUAUAUUUAAACAUCCAGGAAGACAGUUUAAAAGUGCGUAGCUGGAAUUAGGAGUGUUGGGAGCAGCUGUGGCAGAUUGAUGGAUCCUGUGAGAAGGAUCCCUCGCAGGAUUGGGAUUUACUCGUACAAACUGUAAACAGGGAGGGAAGAAGGCGACUUCCGCUUGUUGGUUUUCACACAGAAAUCAAAUUAUUUACACUCAGUUCUGCCAAAUUUAACAAAACAGACGACGGAGAAUGAACGGGAGGAUGUUUAUAAGUCCACGUAAUUUUGUUCAAACUUCCGAGUGAGUUUACAUUAUUGACUGAAAUGUCUAUUUUUGACAUGUUUGUCUUUUAGCUCUAUUCACUGUGGUCAAUUUAAUGAUUAUUCUGCUGCUAUAUGUGGAGUUUUCAGUAUUUUUCUGCAAAGGUGUUUAUACAGCAGUGACUUUCUCUUUAUAUGACAGAAGUCUUCAACGCUUUUUGAAAAGAAGAAACAUUAAAAUUUUAAGUUUUCACA